AUGGGCGACGCAGAGGUUACCGCCAGCAGCUGGAGACAGGUGGAGCAGGGACGCAUCGCGUUCUUCGCCAACGGCCCUUUCAUCAACCGAGUCGCCGCCAUCGUCCAGAUCAUUGACCACAAGCGCGUCCUUGUCGAGGGUCCGUCCGAUGAGCCAAAGCUCGCCGUUCCACGUCACGCCGCCGCACUCAAGGACCUCUCUCUAACCGGCAUCGUGAUUGAGAAGCUCCCACUCGCAACCGGCUCCGGCUCUCUCAAGAAGAGAUGGGCAGAGGCAAAGAUUGACGAGAAGUGGACAAACAGCGGCUAUGCGAAGAGGCUGCAAAAGGAGGCGCGGAGGAAGAACUUGAACGACUUCGAGCGCUUCAAGGUUAUGCGAUUGAGGAAGCAGGCUCGCUUCGAGGUCCGCAAGGCCAUUGCUUCCGCUAAGGCAUAG